AUGUCCACAUCCAGAACCGGCGCCGGCGACGCGAUGAAGCGCAGCUUCGGCUUUUCCCAGGUCGCCGAGAGUGAGAAGCAGGCCCGCGUCGACGAUGUCUUCCAUACGGUCGCGCGCCGGUAUGAUGUGAUGAACGAUCUGAUGUCGUUCGGCCUGCACCGUGUCUGGAAGGACGCGAUGAUCGCCGCGCUGGCGCCGCCCAAACGGCCGGGCUGGCGCAUGCUCGAUGUCGCCGGCGGCACUGGCGACAUUGCCUUUCGCGCGGUCGAAGCCUCGCGCGGAAACGCCCAUGUCACCGUGCUCGAUAUCAACGGAUCGAUGCUCGAUGUCGGCCGCGAACGGGCGGACGCACGCGGCUUGUCCGACCAUGUCGAUUUCGUCGAGGCGAAUGCCGAGGAGCUUCCCUUCGGCGAUGCGGCGUUCGAUGCCUAUUCGAUCGCGUUCGGUAUCCGCAACGUGCCGGAUAUUCCCAAGGCAUUGCGCGAGGCGCGGCGCGUGCUCAAGCCGGGCGGCCGGUUCCUGUGCCUUGAAUUUUCCGAGGUGGACAUGCCGGUUUUCGACCGCGUCUAUGAAGCCUGGUCGUUCAACGCCAUCCCGCGGAUCGGCCAGACGGUUGCCGGCGAUGGCGAGCCCUAUCGCUAUCUGGUCGAGUCGAUCGCCAAGUUUCCGCGCCAGGCUGAUUUCGCCACGAUGAUCGGCGAGGCGGGAUUCAAGCGCGUGACGUGGCGCAAUUAUUCGGGCGGUGUCGCGGCGCUCCAUUCGGGCUGGAAACUCUGA